CCAUCGUAUGCCUGUAGAGAAAGUAUCUACACUUGGCAUUCAUGGAGAUGUUUCCCUCUCCAUCUGUGGUUUUAUAAAUAACUGGAAGACUUCUUCCUAUUUUGUUCCUGUAGAAGAAAAGAAAACCACAGUGACAUGGACCUCAGUCCCCAGUUCAACACCCAUCAAGUUUGAGGUUUCUAAUCCAAUCAGCAGCCCUGUGCUUCCCUAUGUGGGUAAAAUGCCUGGAGGAAUAAAGCAAAAUAUUGCUGUAUUCUUUCAGGGGGCAGUACCUGCUGAGGCAAAAAGCUUUACAAUAGAUUUCCUAACUGGUCAAGGUAAAGGUGAUGACAUUGCUUUCCAAUUCAACCCCCGCUUUGGUCAAUUCAUAUACCUCAACAGCUUCAGAAAUGGUAGCUGGGAGAAAGAGGAAACCACAACUGAUAAGCCCUUUACCAAGGGAGAAGCCUUCAUCAUGUUUGUUGUUAUAACCUCAGAAGGUUACGAGGUGUAUGUGAAUGGCAUAAAACACUGCAUGUUCAAGCACCGCAUUCCUAUAGAGAAAGUUUCCACACUCGGCAUUCGUGGAGAUGUUUCCCUCUCCAUCUGUGGUUUAAUUAACAACUGGAGCAGUUCUUCCUGCUUUAAGGCAGUAAUGGAACUCACACAAACAGUCGGUACAGUCACAAGUUUAAAAGAAGUUAAAAUAGAGGUUUCCCAACCAAUCAACAACCCUGCCAUUCCCUAUGUGGGUAAAAUCCCUAUCGGGGUGAAACAAGAUGUGGCUAUUUUUGUUCAAGGGACUGUCCUAGCAAAUGCCAAAGACUUUAGAAUAAAUUUUCAGACUGGUUUAUCAGAUGGUGAUGACAUUGCUUUUCACCUCAACCCCCGCAUGGGUCGGUAUACGGCCCUAAACACCUUUAGAAGUCGUAGGUGGGAGACUGAGGAAUCUGCUCCUUUAAAACCCUUUGAUGCUGGAGCAUCAUUUUAUAUAAUUAUUGCCAUCAGAUCAAAUGGCUAUGAGGUCUAUGUGAAUGACCAGAAAUUUUGCAGGUUCAACCAUCGCAUUCCUUUUGAGAAAGUGUCCUCAGUAGGAAUUAAAGGGGAUGUUUCCAUAAGCGUUCUUGGAUUUAUUGAGAACCUCAUUCCACUUGGCUUCUAACUUGCUUUUAAAUGCACUCUGGGAAUAUGAUGCACUUUUCAUCACAUUUUCAAAUGCAAAUUAAAUGGAACUGUGGAAAAUUAAAAAUACUAUCUGAUCAAAGACCAAAUAUAAAUAAGACCAAGCCAACUGUUAAGCAUGAGGGUGGAUAUAUUAUGAUGUGGGUCUAUGUGGCAAACAUUACACUGGUAGAUAGAACAAUACACUGUACUAAUUAUGGUAUAGUACACUAUAGCCCCUUUAAUGUGAGAGUGCCUACAGCAGCUAUUUGCUAGAUUGUUCUAAAGUGACAAAUAUUUACUUCAAAAGGCAAUUUAAAGCUCUAUAAAUAUUUUAAUCAGUUCUAAAUAUAUUCAUUUAUACAUUUAAAUUGGUGUCAAUGUAGUAUUAUAAAUGUGAUGUUUAUGACUUUACUUUGCUUUUGUUUAUGCCUGCUACUUAAA